CACGCCCACAACAGCAGCAUCACUGUGCUGCACCACAUAUAGAGAGAGACCAGUGUAUACUCCAUCUCUCACUCUCACUCAUUCUGUCUCACACACAAACACACACACAUAGACAGACACGUGCUGCAGGGAAGAUCUGAGUGUUGGGUCGCUGAGCAUUCAGGUCCCCCCUCCCCUCCUUCUUUCUCCCUCUACACUCUCACUCUCUCACUCCCUCUCCCUGUUCACCUUGUCUGUUCUGGCUGUAUGGUUUAUUGUUGCGUCAGAACCAAAGAGAGCCAGCGAGAAGAAUGCCGGGUGAGAGCUCUCACAGAUCUGUCCCCACCGACAAACAUCCAGAGCAGGGAGCUGAGGAGACGGGGCUCCCUGGACCAGACAUGACCAGACACCCGUCUACUCACUCCACCCCUAGUGACAGUGGCUCCUCCCCUAGUGACAGUGGUUCUAGCCCUUCUCCCAGUACUCCUCAGAAGCUACUUCCAGCAUGCACCUCUCCAUUUGGACCACGACUAUUUCAUGCAACACCUAGCUCAUCUGGUACUCUAAGACCUCAACCUGAAGGCUCUGACCAUCGCAACACACCCAGACUGUCUGGCAAGUUAGGUGGUCAUGGACCAUGUGGCCGCCAUGUCCCUGUUAAGAUGGAGAGAAUCAAGGUCCUUACUGGUUCUGAGGUGGAGAGUGACUAUCAAGAGCCGCAGACCAUUGACACAAGGGUGGUGAUGGGUCAAGAGACACUGCUCAAAACAACGGAGAUCCAGAAAAGGAAACCCUUUGUUGUCAAUAGUGGUCAGGCUAUCCCUUUGCCAGGCAUACCUCGGUCACAAGCAAAAGAGACCCGGCUGGAAACCAGCAAAGAGGAAAACCAAGCCCAAAUCCCCCCAAAACAGCAGGAACAGCAAAAAGAACCUGUGCAGCCCCCAACCUCACUCCCUUCCCCUUUUCAGAACCCCCUAUUCCCUUCCUCCUCCUUCCCAGAGCCAAUCACAACAGAUGACAGUUUGAAAGACAACCAGGAAGAGGGUCAAACCCUUUCUCAAGAUGAAGUGCCUUCCCUUUCUUUUUCUGAGCUGGCAUGUCCAGUUGCUUUGUCCUUCUCUGAGCCAGCAUAUGCUGUUGACCCUCUACGAGUGGGUGUGCCCUCAUCUCUUGACCCUGACCUGUAUUAUACUGCCCCUUCCACCCCAAUCAAGAUGGGCUCCCGUUCUUUGCACCUUAAACAUCAUUCAUAUCCUGGCUCUCCAGCCUGCCCACUCUCCCCUGGCUCUCCCUCAGACAGCGAGGACCUCUGUUCCCCUCUCACUUCUCCCUCUGGUUCUUAUAUCACAGCGGAGGGAGGAAGCUGGACCUCCUCUUACACAUCUUCCACCUCCCCAUCCACUUCUCCAAACCUGCUCCUCACAGAAGAAGCACAAGAGGCUCCUGCUUGCUUUGUUGGCUCCUUAUCAGAGAUUGGAGAUGAAGUUGGGGAGGAAAAGGGGCGAGCAGGUCCAGAACGAGAGGAGGAAAGGGCUGGAGACUUCUGCCUGUACCAUCCUGAGGGCUUUGUCAUGAAUUCCCGGAUAGGUACAACAGGGACAGUGAUCCUUGAAGAGGAAGAGUCUCUAAAAGGGGAAGAGAUCAAGAUUUCCAGAGAAGGUUGUCGUCCUUGCUGGGUGACUGACGAUGCAUCCCCUCUAAGGAGCAGUAGCAGCCGUAGCAGUGACUCCCAGGAGGAUGGGGGAGAAUCUGAAAGCUCACUCUGCCCACUGGAAGAGGCUGGUGGAGGGAGAGCAGAGUACUCUAGACCCAUGCAGACAGGUCUGAAACUGCACCUUGAGGCAUGUAUAUCAGAGGAACAUUAUGGACAGAUGGAUGACCACCCAGAACUACCCUCCACUGUCUUGACUCCUGACACAGAGAGCGUGACCAUGGCCUCGUCUAGCCUUAACCCAGACUCACCUAUCAGCCCCCUGGAUGCUUUCUGUCAUGGAGCCUUUGGUAGGUUCGGCCCAAGUUCUUUCAUGCUCUCCCAGGCAGCCUGUGCUGAUGGUAUACCGGAUGAGGAAAGGAUGAUCCCCGCCUCCCUCAUCUCCUUUCCCCUCCACACCAGCCUUAUCUUCAAGGCUGAUUCAAUGGAAAUCACCCUCUUCCCCACAGAGGAUGAGAAUGAUAUAGGAGAAGGUAAUGACAUAAAUGAGGGAAAGGAUGAUAAUGCUUAUGCAGCAGGAGAGGAGGAGGCAGAUGUUGAAGAUGACGAUGAUGAUGAAGAGGAUGAUGAUGAUGAUUAUGAUUAUGGCGAUGAUGGGGAUGGCAAUGCUAAUGGUGCCGCUGACAGAGAUGACGACGAGGAAAAUAAUGAACAUGAUGACAGUGACAAACAUGAUGAGGCAGGUGAGGAAGCUAAGGUAGAGGUGAAAGUGGUAGAAGGGAAGGAAGAAAAAGAACAGGAAGAGGGCGAUAAGAAGUGUGAUUGCAAAGCAGUGGAAGAUCCUAUAGAUGAGGACAGCUCAGCAUCUUUCCUUCAUUCACUUUCAGAGACAUCUAUCAAUGAGGGGUUGGAUGAAGCCUUCUGUUUCCAAGAUGACACAGAUGACUCAUUAGAUUCUGCCUCCUAUAAUGGGGAGGAAGACGAACGUCUGUACAGCACUGAGAGGCAUGCACAAUCACUAGAACCCACACCAAUGGACGAUCUAUCUGAAGUCCAAACAGAACCUGAACAGGGGUCUACCAUUGGAACACUUCAAACUAAACCUUUGCACACACAACUGAGCACAGACAAACUUGUAGAUCACCCCAAAACCACCUGUCUUUCUGAAGCCAUUGCUCCUGGUGAACCUACAUCCCUUGAACUGCAGUCAGUCCCUGAACUGGAAUCUACCAGUAAAAUAGUUCAGACAAAACCUUUGCUCACGCAAGUGAGCUCAGACAAACCAGUGGAUCACCAGAAUCCAUCAGGUCCUUCAGAACCAAGUUCUUGUCAACCAGAGUCCUCCAGACACCUGUAUAUGAGCCCAAAUGUUAACCUUUCCUCUACUCCUGUUGUCAUUUGUGGUCCACCUGCUGCUGAGUUCCACGUUUCUCCUUCUUCUGUCGCUUCUGCACAGGAGAUGACAGACCUUUACAGUUCAGUUCUUCCGGAAUUGGCUGAGGAAAAUCCCCACACAAAAAAUGAUGAUUUGCAAGAGAGAAAUGAUUAUUUAGGGGAGGAACCCACAGAAGAACCAGAAAGAGACUCUUUCAAAUUGCUCAUCAAGCCUCGUCAUUAUCAGCCAGAAAGCCACAGGGCUGUAGGAGCAAGUAGACUUGUAUUAUCAAAGUUUUUCUCCAAUAAAUCGGAUGUGCCUGGAGGGGCAGAGGCAAUAUGUAGGACCAAUAUUCACAGGGAGUCUGCCAUUGAGCUUGACCAAAAGAAUCGGAAUCCUUCCGCUGAGUCUAUGAUUGUGGAGCGUAGAAGCAUUAAUUCUGCCACCAAUGACUUGAAUAAAGGUGUUCUUCUUCUCUCCUGUCCCAAAGACCCUAGUCCCAACCCCAGCAACAUCCCUAUUUCUACCUCUCCAGAGGUCAUCUCAGAACUUGCUGACAAUCUGGCCCUGACCCCUGGGGACUCUGCCCAGGAGAACCUGAGAGAAAACACCCUUAGUACUGAUGAGGGUGUGCUGGCAGCUGUUGGAUCCCCACACUCUCCUCUUGCCAUCUCACCUAAAAGGGAAAACUCAGAAACAGACAGCAGGGGAGGGAGCAGGGAGGUGCGUCCUGGAGCUGGGGCGUGGUGUGAUGACAGGAUGGGGCUUGGGUACAGUCUAGGAUUAGGAUCGGGGGCUGGAUUUGGUGUCUGGGGAGCAGGGGAGUCACUCUCCCUGUCUCUUGGGAAAAGGUAUGAGUUAGAGACGGAGGGUCUGCUCACGUGUAACCCAGAGGGCCAAAGCACACAGACAGCUGUGGUUCCCAACAUGAGCAGUGAAGUGUGCGAAAAUUAUGACAAUGUUCUGGAUUCUGUUCUGGAUGAGGAAGACAACAACAGUCUGUGUGGAAAGAGGGACCAGAUGGCGGAUGAAGAAUUGGUAGGAGAGGGAGCUUCUGAGUCCAACUUGGCUUGCUGGAAGUCCAUUGAGGAGAUCUCAGAAGCAGGCGGAGGGGAGGAUGGAAGCUCCAGAUUCCCAGAGGAUGAUGUCAGUAAUCUAAAUCCAGAUAAUGAUGGAGAUAACACACACACACAAAUACAAGACACUUGGAAGAAUUCUAACAAUAACAAUGACUCUGCCUUUGACUCUUUGGAAGUAGCCAUGUGUGGAAGUCUGAAUGCUCUAUCAGAGGAAGUGAGACCCCAGAGUGUGAGUGUCAGUGUUAGAGAGUCUGUGUCUAAUAUCCCACUUGAGGAGAUGCCACCUCAAGUGUCUGACACAAUUUCAGAUGAAGUGGAACAAAAAGACAGCUCCAUAAACCAGGCAUCAGAGACAACACAGACCCCUUUCUCAAAGGAAGGUGCCUGUAGCAUCUCAGUGUCAUUAGUUGAAACUCAGAUGAACGAAGCUGUAACAAACCAGUAUCUCAGUUCACCAGAUAAAGCCAAGUCAAGAUGUCAUACUAAUCCAGAGUGUCAGACAAUUACUCCAGAGAGUAAUACAGCCUAUUCUUUGCUACACGGAUCCUUUGGUUCGUUUACUCUUAAAUGUAAAUCUAAUGAAUCCAAACCACGUAAAGCUUGUCAAGAUAAGAUGGAAAACAGAGGUUCUCAAUCAGAACCAGAGAUGGUGAAGCCUCAGACUGAAGGCCAAAGAGAAGGUGAUGUCAGUCCUGUGUCUGACAGACAUGUUGAUGAACCAAAGACUAAAGAUGCCUUUACAGGACAGCAGUGUGUUGAUAGUAACUCAGGGGAAGAGGAUGAGGAAGAAAAAGCAGAAGAGAAAGCAAAAAAGAGAGGUGAGGAGAAGAAAAAGAAGAAAAAAAAGGAAAGAAAAACUUCUCCUGCGCAGAAUAGCCCAGAGCACUUUGCGUGUCACACCCACACAGGGGAACUUUGCACAGAUAAACCAAUUGCUGCUAAGAAAGGGAGGAGAGGUAAGCAGAACAAAAACAGGGCAUCCCAGCCAGGCGGUCAUGCUGACUCUGGCCCUGAAUCUGUUGAUGAUCCAAAGAAAGCUUAUUUUCCAUUAAAUGCCACAGCAGAUGGAUGGUCAAAGGGGGCAAUUGCAAACAAUUCUAAAACUAAGAAAGGCCGAAAGGCAAACAACGAAGCUUCAUCGUCGGACUGUCAACAGAGGACAUCUAGGACAGAAAAAGCUCAAUUUGGUCCACAGAUGCAGGGUGAUAACAAUCUCAGUUCUGAGGUCAGAAGUCCUAGCCAUGGAUACUACAUGGAUUCUGCCACACCCCCAGACAACCUCAAUGUUGUGUUGGCAAUGAACCAAGAAUUACAUCAGAAACCGGAAGUGCUUGAUAACAGACCACUAUCUGAUAGUCAGAGAGGAAUCACAGUAGAUAUUAAUGACAACAACAUAGAUACUGGCCAUAGCUUACCUACCCAUGAUAUCAUAUCAUACUCUCUGACUGCACUGUCUUCCUCACCAUCUCCUGUUUCCUCAUCCUCCCCUCUACCAUGUGCCUCAACAGAGCCAGAAAAUGAUCUGCCCAAACCUGUGCAGGAAUCCCAACCUGUCAUCUCAGCCCAGCAACAGCCUUCACUGUCCAUGUGUCACACCACCCCUACGCUUUGCUCUACCUCCCCCAAAACACAACAAGCCCCUGAUUCCCAAUUUCUUCCUAACAACAACAACAACCUCCAAGAGGUCACUGUUGUCCUUUCUGCAUCUACCACAAGUGUCUCUUCACCAUCAUUCUCCACUGCCAUGCUGUCCCAGCCUACCCAGGAGUCGUUUUCACCUGCCCCUGGGACUCUAAAUUCAGCAUGUGUUCCAGACUCAAUUUUCCAUCCCCAGUCUCAGCCUAAUCUCAACAUUCAGCCUCACAAACAAAUCAAGCAAGGUUGCCCGUGGAACACACAAGACAGAUGCAGAGGUCCCAGUUUGGCUGAGGAGGAGACAGACAGUGAGGAUGAUGGUGGACUGCCUCGACGGGGUCACAGAUCCCAGGCCAGAGGAGGGGCAGGAAACAAAAAUGGAGCCAUGCAGAGAGAGUCUGGUCCAUCCAUUCGACGGGAAAUACAACCUUUCUCUGCCCACCAAUUAUCCAACAGACCGUCAGGCUGUCCAGUCAACCACAGCCACAACAUUGCAGAAGAGUUUGACCUAUCCUUCAAAAACAAUUGCUCUAUAUUGGCUUCCUGUAAUGAGUCUGAGAGUGAGGGGUCAGUGCCGGAGCUAGAGGAGCCAGAGCCACUGAGACCAUCAGAGCCCCAGUCUAUCUCCUUUGCAGAUGAAGGGCUUAACAGACCAAAACAGAGCCGCAGUGAGAAGAAGGCCCGCAAGGCCAUGUCUAAACUUGGUCUGAAGCCGGUCCACGGUGUGACCAGAAUCACCAUUAGGAAGUCCAAGAGUAUCUUGUUUGUCAUCAGCAGACCAGACGUGUUCAAAAGCCCUGCAUCUGACAUUUACAUUGUAUUUGGAGAGGCGAAGAUUGAGGACCUAUCUCAGCAGGCUCACAAAGCAGCUGCAGAGAAAUUCAAGGUGCCUGUGACCUCUUCUCCCUUAGCCCCACCUGUCCCACCCAGCCUCACCAUCAAAGAGGAGAGUGAAGAGGAGGAAGAAGAGGUGGAUGAGGGAGGUCUUGAGCAGAGGGACAUUGAGCUAGUGAUGGCUCAGGCUAAUGUGUCACGAGCCAAGGCCGUCCGUGCGCUGAAACACAACAAGAAUGACAUUGUGAAUGCUAUCAUGGAGCUGACCAUGUGAGUGGUGAGGACAAUUUGACUCCUGACCUCCCUCCUCCAGCCUAUAAAGCCUAAACGCCACUGACUCUUCUGUAUCGCUGCUACUGUAUGUUGCAUCCCCAAUAUCUGCUAAAUAAAGUCUGUUCCAAUGUGG